AGUGCGUCCUCAUUGCUUGGCAGAGCGGAGAGCCCACUGACAUCCGAGCCGGGAGCGUGCGUGUGUGUACCGGCCUGCAAUUGAAGCACUCCGCCGUCCGGAGGUCUAAGGUGGGCGGAGACUUGAGAUCGAGGUCCUCCUGUGUGCAGAUAGAGACACACCGUACAUUUGUGAGACGGCACCCGCACACCGGUCCGAGGAGGAAACAUCAUGGCAACGACUACUUGCACACGUUUUACAGAUGAAUACCAGCUGUACGAGGAGCUUGGCAAGGGGGCCUUUUCAGUGGUGCGUCGCUGUGUCAAACUUUGUACAGGCCAAGAGUAUGCAGCCAAAAUCAUCAAUACCAAAAAGCUCUCGGCCAGAGACCAUCAGAAACUGGAGCGGGAAGCCAGGAUCUGCAGAUUGCUAAAGCAUCCCAACAUUGUUCGUCUUCAUGACAGUAUCUCUGAGGAAGGCUUCCACUAUCUCCUCUUUGACCUAGUGACAGGAGGGGAGCUGUUUGAGGAUAUUGUGGCUCGAGAAUACUACAGUGAAGCAGAUGCAAGUCAUUGCAUCCAGCAGAUCCUGGAGGCCGUGCUCCACUGCCAUCAGAUGGGUGUGGUUCACAGAGAUCUCAAGCCAGAAAACCUGCUGCUGGCCAGCAAAUGUAAGAACGCAGCAGUCAAGUUGGCUGAUUUUGGACUGGCCAUUGAAGUACAAGGAGACCAACAGGCUUGGUUUGGCUUUGCGGGUACUCCCGGCUACUUGUCUCCAGAAGUGCUGAGGAAAGAAGCAUAUGGUAAACCUGUAGACAUCUGGGCAUGUGGUGUGAUCCUCUACAUCCUUUUGGUUGGGUACCCUCCGUUCUGGGACGAGGACCAACACAAACUCUACCAACAGAUCAAAGCUGGAGCAUAUGAUUUUCCCUCCCCAGAGUGGGACACAGUGACUCCCGAGGCUAAAAAUCUGAUCAACCAGAUGCUUACUAUUAAUCCAGCCAAGAGAAUCACUGCCCAGGAGGCUCUGAAGCACCCAUGGGUCUGUCAACGCUCAACGGUGGCCUCAAUGAUGCACAGACAGGAGACCGUCGAGUGCCUGAAGAAAUUUAAUGCCAGGAGGAAACUCAAGGGUGCCAUUCUUACUACCAUGCUUGUCUCCAGGAACUUCUCUGUGGGCCGUCAGACUACGGCCCCUGCUGCUGUCAGCGCUGUAGCAGGAACCACAGCUGGCAUCGUGGAACAAGCAGCCAAGAGUCUCCUCAACAAGAAGGCUGAUGUCAAGCCUCAAACAAACAGCACGAGAAACAGCAUAGUCACCAGUCCCAAAGGCAACAUCCCCUCUGCUGCACUGGAACCUCAGACUACUGUUAUCCAUAAUCCAGUAGAUGGGAUCAAGGAAUCAUCUGAUAGCAGCAACACAACUAUUGAGGAUGAAGAUGUGAAAGCUCGCAAACAGGAAAUCAUAAAGAUCACAGAGCAGCUUAUUGAAGCUGUCAACAAUGGAGACUUUGAGGCCUACGCGAAGAUCUGCGACCCUGGUCUGACCUCAUUUGAACCUGAGGGGCUGGGAAAUCUGGUGGAGGGAAUGGACUUCCACAGAUUUUACUUUGACAAUCUCCUCUCAAAGAACAGCAAACCUAUCCACACCACCAUCCUUAACCCCCAUGUGCAUAUAAUUGGGGACGAUGCUGCCUGCAUCGCCUACAUCCGCCUGACGCAGUUCGUGGAUGGCCAGGGCCGUCCUCGCUCAAGCCAAUCUGAAGAGACCAGGGUAUGGCACCGCAGGGACAGCCGGUGGCAAAAUGUCCACUUCCACUGCUCAGGAGCUCCUUCUGCCCCGCUGCAGGGGUGAGGCAUUUUGAGGAGGCAGAGCAGAAAAGUAACGAGCAGAUAAUCACAGAGAAAGAAGCAGCACUGAGAGAGAGGUGCAGGUGGAUGUGUGGUGGGGUUGAAGGAAUCUGAUUUGGGGAUUGUGGUCAUGCUCCUGCACCCACUUCUUUCUCUCUCUCCCUGUACAACUUCGACAACAGCAGACAGUAAUAGCAGUGCUCCCAUCUUCUGACAGCAGAGGACACAUCAGCUACAACAUUAAACUCUUGUAACUCUUCGGCCUGCCUACAGCAAACAAAAAAGCUAUUGUUCCUUCCUAUUGUUACUUCUAGUAUAAUUAUGGCCACCGUCUGUCUCUGUGUUCUUUCAACUGUACAGUCUAUUUAUUAUCCAUUUUAAUCCUUUCUUCUUUUUUAUGACAAUGCAUGAUUCCUUCCUGUGUUGUCAUUAGCAGUGGCUGUUCUGCACGACUAAGGCUGCCUGUGUGAAAUGAACAAUCAGUAUCACGUGUCUCACACAAAGAGUCUGGUGGGUGUAUUUUAUUAUGAAUUUCAUUGUGUUGUGCAACAGCACAGCACAACACAAUUAAUUAAUUAAUUAAUUUAAUUUAUUUAUUGGGUGUUUAACUCCCCACCACCCCAUUCCUCAUCCCUCACGACCCCCAACCACUCUGUGAGACAGUGAAAACCAUGCAGCAUGCUAAGAUGUUACUGUUGUUCUUAACUGAUAUUUAUGUACUGAACAUUGCAAGUUAACUACUGAAACUAUGGUUGAAAUGUUGAAAUAUCCCAAUGUUUAUGUAAAUUUCCAGUUUUAUCGUGGUGACUUAACUACAGUUACGCUGUUGAUGGUAUUUAAUUGCAUGAUAUUCCACAUUAAUGCAUUUGGUAAAUGGGGUGUUGUCGUGCAUUUUCUGUUGGGUUUUUUUUUUUUGUUUGUUUGUUUUAUUUGUUUUUUUGCACUGCUGGUGAGCUAUAAUCUGCGGCCUCUACUUUCUGGAUUUCUAAGUGCAUAAACUGUUUUUGUUGACAUGACAGUGUAGUAUAUGAGGAUUCUGGUGACCAUGACAGAAUAUGCCCUUCCUCAGUAAUAUUUGGGCCCAGGUUCUUUACUGUUUCAAAGGCAACAACCAAAACCUUAAAUGAUCAUUUUUGAUUUAACUUAUUGGAACCUGACUAAUGUAAAAGGUGACAACUUAAACUCAACACAAGGGUGUGUGGUUAUUACUUUUGAUUGCAAUAAUUAAAUUAGACUUUGGAUUUAAAAGAAAGCCAAGGUCAAAGUUCCCAAAGUGAAAUCAAAGUUUGUUUUAAUUAUGUGGUCAUUUAAAACCAUAUUUUAAUUGUCAGUUUUUGCUUUGGGUGGCUGUGGCUCAGGAAUUAGUGCAGGUCAUCUACUAACCGGAAGGUUAAUAGACAACCUAUUAGAACACAACCUCAUCCAGUUCAAUGUCUGGCUCCUCUACUUCCACGUGGCAAGAUACUAAAUCUUAAAAUGCAUCCAUCUGAAUUUUUGGUUAAAUGUGUUUAGGCAUAGAAAAAGACAUGGAUGUGUAUAUGAAUGAGAGUUGUGGUAAGAAAGUGCUGAAAUAGAAUAGAAAAGUGCUAUAAAAGUAGCAGUCUGUUUUAACAUUUUUCUGUCCCUGUACAAAAAACAUGUAUCUCUAAAACCUUUCUCAUCUUAUAAAAUGCAUUUCUUUGAUUAUUAGGUUAGUCAGUGAGUAUAGGAGGAUUGUAUCAAGGUACAGGGGAAUUCUUAAAGGAUUGCAUUUUGUCACAUUUUCACAAAAGUGUACAGAUACAACCCAACAAAGCUAAUAUUUACUUGUCCUUCCGCAUGAUUAGCAUUUAAAUAUGGUAACAUUAUGCUCUUGUGCCAUAAUUUGUGACUUAGCUGAAAGCUAUUUAAGAGAAAAAGGAAAGCUGAAAAAGAAUUUUCUGCUGCUCCUUACACAUCGUGUGUGGGACCUUUCACUUGGGAGGCAAAUGUGUAAACCACUAAAGUUAUGGAGCCUUAAACAGCUGCCUGCCAAGCAGAUUGGAGCAGGAUACACAGACAGCUAUUGAUGAAAACACUAGAACAUUUAACACAUAAAGUGACAGAUAUUUAAAAAAAAAAAAAA